AUGACGCCGCCUCACCUCCCCGUCGCCGUCGCCGUCACCGUCGCCGUCGCCGUCCUUCUCCUCUUCCUCUGGCUCCCGGCGACCCCACCCGCCGCCGCUGACCCGACCCCGACCCCAUGGCCCCCGCAGUUCCACGCGACGCUGGUCAUGGACUACCACGGCAACAUGUCCGUGGCCGACCUCUGGUACGACUGGCCGGGCGGCCGCAACCUGCACGUCAUCCGCUACCAGCUCGCCGCCGACGCGCCCUACUACGAUAACGAGUGGAACAACGGCACCUCUUUCUUCUACACGCCGGCGCGCCGCACCUGCCGCUCCGCCGCCGUCGGGGUGGGCAUUCUCCGCCCCGACUGGCUCCGGCCUGGCGCCGUCUACCUCGGCCGCCGCGACGCCGGCGGAUUCGACUGCCACGUCUGA